ACACAUUUUUGAGGCUCAAUUGUUUUACAAUAACACACAAAAACAUGGAAAAAUAAAUUUUACGCGCGCACAAAGUUGCUCCACACAGACAACAUAAACUCAAUUUGGCACAAACCACCAAACUAUCGAUAACUUGCAUAAAUAUUUGCAUAAAAAGUGCCAUAGUGAGCGGUCACAGCUGUUAGCUGUUCAAUACAGACAACAGACCGAGCUGAGAAGUUCGCUCAUUCAGUUUCUUGAGUCGUUCGAUUGAACAUAUCCCGAACGAUUCGAUACAACUUUCAAUGUGCUACGCUUUUUUGUUUAUUUGUUUAAUGUUCGUUUAACGCUCAAUUUAGAUAAGUAGCUACACGAACCUGCCCUGCCUGGACGUGUUCAGCUGCUUGAUAGCGAGAACGUGCUUUGGCCCAGUCGAUGAGAUCGUCAGUGACGCGAACGCGCAAAAUGAGUAACAGCUAUAAUGAUAUACCCAUUGGUAUACGGGUCCUGCAGAAGCUGUCGCGACAUUGCCCACGCUUCCAUGCACGCAAGGAGCUGUGCUAUAAGAUGUCCAUAAUUCUGCUGACAUUCGUUGCCUAUGCCUGCUAUCACAUGUCCCGCAAACCCAUAUCUGUGGUCAAAUCAGUGCUCCACUACAACUGCUCUGAAACGCAGGCGCAGCUUCAUGAGGGCAGCGAUUGCGGCUAUGCGCCGUUUGACGGGCCCGACUCGAAGAGACUGUUCGGCAUGCUAGACUCCGCCUUUCUCUUCUCCUACGCGAUAGCUAUGUUUAUCUCGGGAUUCGUGGCGGAACGUGUUUCUUUGCGUUAUUUUCUAUCCAUGGGCAUGAUCAUGACGGGCGUGUUCACCUACCUGUUUGGCGUCGCACGCACCUCCAAUAUACAUAGCCUCAGCUAUUUUAUAUUUGUGCAGAUCUUCGCGGGCAUCUUUCAGACAACCGGCUGGCCAGGUGUUGUUACCCUGGUGGGCCGUUGGUUUGGCAAAGAGAAACGCGGUCUGAUCUUUGGCAUCUGGAAUAGUCAUACAUCUAUUGGCAAUAUAUUGGGCACGCUGAUCGCCGCGCACUAUGUGGAAACGGAUUGGGCGCUGUCCUUUGUGGUGCCUGGCAUCAUAAUUGGAGCAGUUGGAUUUCUAUUGUUUCUCUUUCUGGUCGAUCAGCCAGAGAUUGUGGGAUGUCAUCCACAGCAUAGCACGCAGGAGCGUCGCAUUGUAGCGAACGAAUCGGAUGCGGACAACGACGAUGAUGAGGAGAAAGCGCUUCGCGGCGAAGCUGACCAGGUCAGCUUCCGUUCGCCGCCCACCGAGCGCACGCCCAUUUUGGCGCGCCAGAGCUCAAGGGAACGACCUGUAGCGCAUGGUCGUCCCAUAAGCCUAAAAGAUGCACUCCAUAUACCAGGUGUUGUGGAGUUUUCACUUUGCCUGUUCUUUACCAAGCUGGUUAGCUAUACCUUCAUGUACUGGCUGCCACUCUAUAUACAGUCUUCCAGUACGUUGGGUCCCGAGUUAUCCGCUGAUCUCUCCACGCUGUUCGAUGUAGGUGGCAUUUUGGGCGCCAUAGCCGCUGGCUAUCUAUCUGAUCUCACAGGCAUGUCCGCCACAGUGUGCACAGUCAUGUUGUUCUUUGCGUCGCCUAUACUGCUUUUGUAUCAACAAUAUGGCGCAUUGUCGGUUACGAUUAGCGUGCUGCUGCUCAUCAUUGUGGGCAUCUUUGUGAAUGGGCCGUAUGCUUUGAUUACCACCUCGGUUAGCGCUGAGCUGGGUCAGCAUAGCUCAUUGGAGGGCAAUGCAAAUGCUUUGGCCACAGUCACGGCCAUAAUAGACGGCACAGGUUCCAUUGGCGCGGCAGUUGGGCCACUGUUAGCGGGCCUAAUUUCCAGCCAUGGCUGGAAGAAUGUCUUCUAUAUGCUGAUCGUGGCAGAUAUUAUAGCCAUGAUAUUGCUAAUGCGUUUGGUCAUUAAGGAAUGCCUAACACUGCGACGUUCGACGACCCGCAUAAGGAUCGAAUAGCAUCGGGUCAAUUGAUUUUAUUUAAUCGGAAUUUAAUAUGUCAUAUGUAUAUAGUGCACUGUAUUGCAUGCACACACACACACACACACACACAUGCCCACACAUGUGGGUGCACAUUUGCAUUAGCUAUUUUAAUAUUAUUCUACUUCUAUUUGUAUGCCCAUACAUAUAUAUAUAUUCGCUUAAGUACCGCGUGCUUGUGUGUGUAUUCAGCAGAGAGCAUAUCACUUGUUUUUCUCAACCUAAUUAGUUUUUUUUAUCGCUAAUAGUUUUUUAUAUAUACAUAGCUAUAGCUAUUUGAAGGCCAAAUCUUUACCAUAUUUGUAAUAUAUGGCACAUUCAAAACAUUGGCUAACGAGCUAUACGAGUUAACAGUUUUAUAUAUAUAAAAAUAUAUAUUUUAUACAGAGUCUCCUCCAAUAAGCUAUAGUCUAAUUGUAAGGCAUGUUUACACUGCUAUGUAAAUAUAGUUUAUGUACACUUUUCGUACCGUUAAACUAGGACACUACUGUUAACGCGAUUUGUCCCAAUAAAAACGA